AUGACUCGAGAAAAAACUCAGCUGAAGAUGUUUUUAGAGUCAAUAAGUGUUCUGCAGUGGGUGCUAAGCUUUCUCCUCUUGGGAGUGGCUUGUAUUAUACUGAUGGUGUAUCUUAUGUUUACCUCUCUGUGGCCGCUGUCUGCUCUCUACUUUGUAUGGAUGGUGAUGGACUGGCAUACACCCGAAAGAGGGGGCAGAAGAACAAUGUUUGUGAGAAAGUGGAAGGUAUGGGAGCACAUGAGAGACUACUUUCCUGUUAAACUGGUCAAGACAGCCGAGCUGAAUCCAAACAAAAACUACAUCCUAGGUUCUCACCCACAUGGCAUCAUGUGUACUGGAGCCUUUACCUGCUUCAGCACGGAGAGCUGUGGCUUUGCUGAGGCAUUUCCCGGGGUGCGAGCCAGCCUGGCGAUGCUGGCGGGUCUGUUCAGGAUACCAUUCUAUAGGGAGUACAUCAUGAGCGCAGGACUUUACCCAGUCAGCAAACCAAGCCUGGUCCACCUCCUUUCAAAAAGCGGGAAAGGGAAUGCAGUGGUAAUUGUGAUAGGGGGUGCUGCUGAGUCUCUGGCAUCCUCUCCCGGACUCAACACAGUGGUCAUGAAGGAAAGAAAGGGAUUUGUCAGAGUGGCCCUUGAGUUGGGUGUUGAUCUGGUGCCCGUUUAUUCAUUCGGGGAGAAUGAGCUCUACCGGCAGGUGAUUUUUGCAGAGGGCAGUCUGUGUCGCAGGUUACAGGACUUGUUUAAAAAAAUCAUGGGCUUUGCACCGUGUCUCUUUGUCGGUGAGCGCUUUGUUCUCCUGCCCUACAGGACUCCAAUCACGACUGUUGUGGGAAGUCCAAUCUCAGUGCCAAAACGUGUCACGCCCACAGACGAGGAAGUCGACCAUUAUCACAGACUUUACAUGGAGGCCCUUUCCAAAUUAUUCCACGAACACAAGGUCAGCUGCGGACUUUCAGAAAAUCACAAGCUUCGGAUAAUUUAAAUAUUUUGACAUAAACUGUUUGCACCAAAUACGACUUGGAGUCACUAUGGAGCUGAUGUGAUGGACCUAUAUUAACAUUGAAGGUUUCUGUGAUCAUCAGUCUAUAAAAAUGUGCCUGUAUUUAAAACUGCUCAUCACAUGUUUUAAAUAAUUAUGAUGUGAAGC